AACUUGUUCACAACUUGUUCACAAGUGAACUUGGCAGGAUACGAAGGUACUAGUUGAUAAGCAAGGCAUGCCAGCGAUGUACCUUGCGAUGAUCCGAGUGAUUGCAUUGCAUUCCCUCGCAUUUCCUUGGGAAACUGGCUACUAAUAGUUAUAAUCCCCGGGGUUCAAGCGAGUCAAGGUGGCAGUCAGUGACUGGAAGCACUCUCCGUUCUCUUGCUGGUCGUGAAUGACCUCCAGCUGGCAGUAUCAGCGAACCAUUCGCACACCAGCAGCAAGGUGACUAUUCAAGUUAUCAUCGACGUGGCUGUAUGACUAUAAAACCCAUUCGCAACUUGAAUGCACUUUGUACUAUACCUUUUGGGACAUCCUGGCCCGCGCACAUCUCACCAGUCAUGCUACAGCUUCCUGACCUGCCUACUAUGCAGCUCGUCCUUGGUGCUGCGGCUUCUCUCGGGGUAGUUGGAGUGAUUAGAACUUUCCUUCCUAAAUCAACGAAUAGCCUUCCUCUCCCACCUUCUCCUCCCAAUUGGAGACUUAGGGGACAUUCCCUACCUCUUCUCAACCCCCAACUCACUGUGGGGGCAUGGAUUGACGAGUAUGGUCCUCUGAUUACCAUUCGUUCAGGAACUGAAAAAAUCGUUUACAUCGGCCGUUACAAAGCUGCGGUAGAUAUCAUGGAGAAGCAGGGCGCAUCGGUAGCUGAUCGCCCUCACUCGGUUUCCGCUUCAGAACUAUUCAGUAACGGACAGGUUCUCGCCUUUGUACACGUUGGGGAGACAUUCCGUCGGAUGCGUAGAGCACUUCAUACGCAUCUCCAGCCUAAAGCAGCUGAAGCGUAUGAGCCCUUGCAGAUGACGUAUGCGAAGAACACGGUGCUCGAUAUCCUUGAAGAUCCAGUCAACUUCCAGAAGCAUGCGUCAGCUUAUUCAUCAACGACCAUCACGAAAAUUACAUAUGGAAAGAAUGCGGACGAUAGCGAAGUCGCAGGGGGUCGCCAGUUCCUAAUGACGCUUUUUAAAGUUGUGAUCCCUGGCGCUUACCUGGUGGACACGAUCCCGUGGCUUAAAUACCUUCCUUGGUAUGGCCAAGAUUUGAAACAAGAUCAUGAGGACAAUCGCAAGCUCUUCACUGGUCAGAUGAGCCGGGUGAAAAAGCAAAUGGAUGCCAAUGAGGACAUUGGUCCCUCGUUCGGGAGAUAUAUGCUAGAAAACGACUAUGGCUUGACAGAGUCCGAGAUGGCAUUUCUUUCUGGUAGUUUCUUUGCAGCUGGAUCCGAUACGACUGCUGCGGGAAUAUGCACGAUACUAAUGGCAGCCGCAUGUUUCCCCGAGGAACAAGCUAAAGUCCAGGCUGAGAUUGAUGCCGUCAUCGGAAGGCACCGAGCACCGACAUUCGCUGACCAACAAUCUCUUCCUCGCUUGGAGGCCUUCAUCUCUGAGGCUAUGAGAUGGAGACCGUUGGGUCCUGGAUUUCCUCACAGAGCAACUAAAGAUGUAAUUUGGGGAAACUAUUGCAUUCCUGCUGGGACUACAGUAGUCGGCAGCCACUGGGCUAUCAAUCGGGAUCCAGAUGUCUUCCCUGAUCCUCACGCGUUCUACCCUCAGCGCUGGAUUAACGACAAAGGUUUGGUGAGAGACGAUAUCACAUCCUUCCUAUAUGGGUUUGGUCGGCGCAUAUGCCCAGGUCAACACAUUGCGAGCAGAUCGUUGUUCAUAAACUCGGCCCUUAUUUUUUGGGCGUUCCAGCUUAGUCUGGAUCCUACGAAGCCGGUGAAUGAUAUGGCGUAUGUAGCCGGGGUGUUACCGAUGACUCAGCCAUGCGGUAUCGAGUUUACGAAGAAGAUCUCGGACUCGGAGAUCAGGCGCAUGCUGAAGAAUUAUCCUGAGGGUGCAUCAGAAGUCUGAGCAUCCCCCAAACCAUCGUACCAGGUCCCUCGACACGAUUUACUGUACAAGUAGGAUGAAACUUUCUUACUAUUUGUUGUAGUUCGUUUGUACGCCGAACGUAGGAAUCAUCUUGAUCCCACGUCGUAAGGUCGUUCAUAUCAACGUUUUACCCUGAGCAAAACAGAC